AUGGCUGAAUCACGAAUACGUAUUCACGGUGCAUAUAGUCCCCAGAAAAGAAGUUGUUCUUUAAACAUCCUCUUCUUGAUGUUAGGCUCGAUCAUUCUUGUGGCUGUGGCUGUACCUAGGAAAGAGUUGUCGUUCACAUGCUUCCCUCGACUCCCCUUAGAGCUCCGCCUCAAAAUAUGGCAAUUAGCAUUCGAAGGACGGACCGUGACUCUACACGUUCACACUGCCAAUCAAUCUUGCCACUAUCGUUCUUUCAUAUCAAGAGGACUAAAACUCACUCUCGAUUCAGUACACGCAAACAUGGCCAAGACCCUUCGGGUAAAUCAAGAAAGCCGGAAUGAAACCCUUUCUCAAUAUACGGAUCUAAUUCAGAAUCCAGCGCUAUUCCGCGAUCCGCUGUACUUCCAUUCGGAUCUCGAUACCUUGGCUUUGGAAGUAUACUAUCCAACACGACCCGGGAAAGAUAGAAGUUGGGUCCGUCAGAGAGGUUCUCGCAAUCACCAAAAGAUCUCUCUGGAUCUGAGGGGCUUAGCAGAGCGCGCACCGAAUAUGCUAAAAGUAGUCAAGUCUCUCUAUCUUCCUAUGAUCAUGCUCGAGGAGGAGCCUGCCGCACCUGACAGAGGGAAAUUGCCGUCAUGCUGGAAUGGCAUGGUACAAUUCCAUGCAUUAGAAUUGGUUACGAUCACAGGAGAAGAAAGCGACUUCCAGCACGGUAUUCCAACGGCUCGCGCAAAGAGCGCUGCCAAAUACUUCCAGUCUUGUUUCGAGAAAGAAAAAAGUCAAUUCCCUGACUGCCAUAUACCGAGAUUGGAUAUGUUCCCACUGGACGAGGAAAAGGAGAAAACGACGGGUUCAAAUGAUUACUUUCAGUUCGCGGGAAACGGUCUCUUCGAAGACGAUGUCGUUGGAGGAUCGUGGACUUUAUGGUUUCGGGAACCAAAAGAUUAUUCCGUGGUCGAUAGUAGUAAGGAGCGAUAUGAUGGUGGAUUCGUUGAAGAAAGCAUUCAAGAUAUUGAUGCGAGCAACAACGGAGAAAAGAGACGGAAUCACACUAGCAGAACAUUUGGAGAAGUAAAUGAUGGAGUCACCGUGGCGAGUGAGUUUAAUAAUUCGAGAUGGUCAACUGAGGAUGAGGAAUAA